AUGGUCUAAUUGGAUGAUGAUUUUAUUGCUACAGGAUCAAAUGAUAGGACAGUCAAAAUAUAUAGAUAUAGAGUUUAUGAACUAUUUAAGGAAAUACAAUUUAAGAGUGAUGUGACAUCAUUGGCUGUUUAAGUAAGAAAGGACGGUUCUUCUUUUUUAAUCGUUGGUUUAUUUAAGGAUAUUUGUAUUUUGAAUCAAGGAUUCGAAGUACUUAAGUCAAUUGAUAGAAUUCAUAAUGGUUAAAUAAAUUCUAUUGUUUGUUUAGAAGAUGCAACUACAAUAUUCAGUUGUGCACAAGGUGAUAAUAGAUUACUAUAAUGGAAUACUUAAAAUGAUCAAUAAAAAAAAUACUUCGAGCAUAGAGAUUCUAUUACAUGUAUGACAUUACUUGGAGAUCAAUAUAUUGCAUCAGGUGGAAAGGAUAGAAACAUAAAAGUGUACAAAUAGACAUACACAAAUAACGUGUUUGAAAAAUUGUAAUUGUCUAUGAGUUUGUCAGAUGCCCAUCCAACUGAAGUCACUAGUUUAGCUUAUGGUGGAGGAAGCAUUCUUUAUAGUAGUAGUGCUUCAGGGGAAUUAAAGGUUUGGGACUUCAUGGAUGGAACUAUGAUUAAACAAGUUAAAAACUAUGCUGGAUGGUGUUUCAGAAUAAUCAACUUCUAAUUAGAAGAGGAAUAGAAUCCAUAAUAGAAGACUUAACUGUAAACUUCAAUUCCAUUAUGUGGAUCACCAAGAAGAAAGAAAUAGCCAUCAAAUGAAUAUGAAUGCAUUAAAAACAGCUUCAUUGGUACUGUGAGUUUUGAUGGCACUUUCAAAAUAUUCAAUGGCAAAGCUUUGUUAAAUGAUAAUCCAUAACCUAUGAUCACAACUCAACUGAAAUCUUUACACGAUUGCCAUCCAUUUGGAGGUGUAUUGGCCAUUAGAGAUAGUAUCACUGAUAAGAUUGACAUUUUGAGUAGUGGAAACAAGAAUGAUAGCAAUAUCUAGUUGUAUAGUUUAGCAUAAUCCUGAGUCAUUUUAUAUUAUAUACUAAGUUUACACAAUUUUAAUUAAAUUU